GGUUGGCCCUCCCCUUCCAGCGCUGUCUGCAUAGAGAGGAACUGAGGAGACUGUCAGCAUCCUGUCACAAGGUCUCUGGUAGAAAGUGAACCUGUGCAGCAUUAAUCUGUUGCUUUAUAACGGAAAGGGACGUGCACAUCUCCCCACAGAAUGUCUGACUCACUGGUGGUGUGUGAAGUGGAUGAAACUCUGAAAGAGAAACUGAAAAGAUUCCGUUUUCGCAAAGAGACCAACAAUGCAGCCAUCCUCAUGAAAAUUGAUAAGGAGAAACAGAUGGUGAUCCUGGAAGAAGAAUAUGACGAUAUUUCUCUGGAUGAUCUGAGAAAUGAGCUGCCAGAACGACAGCCCAGAUUCAUAGUCUACAGCUACAAGUACGUGCAUGGGGACGGCAGAGUGUCCUACCCGCUUUGCUUCAUUUUCUGCAGUCCUGUGGGCUGCAAGCCGGAGCAGCAGAUGAUGUACGCGGGCAGCAAGAACCGGCUGGUGCAGAUCGCUGAGCUCACCAAGGUGUUUGAGACGCGAAACGCUGACGACCUGUCAGAGGAAUGGCUGAAAGAGAAACUGGCUUUCUUCCGCUAAAGAUGUUAAUGACACAAGAUCACCUUCAGGGAAUUCUCACAACCCAGAGUACCGGCUGCCAGGAAAGUAAAAUAAAGAAAUAAAGAAAACCGGCGUAAGAAUGUUCUUCUGAUGAGUAGUAAAAAGUGGAAAUUUCCCCCUGCAAUAAAAAGCAUGGAUGCAUCUUUGA